CGACAAACCCAAGAGAAACUCUCUGCUUCUUCUCACUUCGUUUCCCUAAACACAUAAAAAAAUAUAACAAAACGGAGAUCUGCAAAUAAAUAUUCCAAAAUCCUCUGUUUUCCUUAAUGAAACAUAACUGCACAAACUGUUCAUUGUUUACCAUGACUAUUGUUCUUCUUCCUCUGUUUAAUCUCUUUAUGGCAAAACUCUCUGCUUCUUCUCACUUCGUUACCCUAAAUAUCACUUCUUUCGAGUGACCUAAAUCACUCCCACGAUCCCUUUAAGUCCCUUUUCUUGUUUUGUCCUGUAUUUUUCUUUUUGCAAGAAAUCAUCUUGAUGGAUCCAAUUAAGUUCCAACACUUGAAGAUGGAGAAAUCCAGAGGAAUCUUGAAUUUCCAAGCAAUAAGAUCGUUCACGAGCUUGUUCAGACUGAUCGAGCUGCUUUUUCUUCUAAUCUUGAUCUCCAAACUCUCUUUCCCCUCUGUGAGACUCUCUGGGGACAUUUUCAGGGAAGCAGCAGUGUUUCUCGUUAGCCCGAGAUUCGUUUUCUUCGUCGGAAACGCAAUUGUAAUUACUCUUUUUGCGAAAUCCGGACGAUACAGCUCGAGUCAGGAGCCUUUAAAGACAACAGAAGCUGCUGCAAGCAACGAUCUUUACCAAGAAUUUCUUCACAAGAGUGAGAAGAAGAAAUCUAUAGUUUACGAGACGAAAACAGAACAACUGAAGAAGCAGAGUGGAGUGAAGAGGGUUAGUUUCGGGAGAAGCCAAUCGCAGAAAGCGUUUGAGGCGGUUCAGCCGCUAGAGAGUAGCAAUGGUGAGAAAACCAUGAAGAGGUAUGUGUCGGAGAAGCAUAUGAGGGUUUGUGACUCCGACAAGAAAGUAGUGGUGAGGGUUAAGAAACCAGAAGAUGGAAUGAGCAACGAGCAAUUUAGGACAAAGAUUGAAGCUUUCAUUGCGAGACAAAAGAGGAUUCAAAAGGAUGAAGAGCAUUUAAUAAUCUAGAUCCUCUUUGCUAGUGAAUAUUUGUUUCUGUUUCUUUUUUUUCCUUUUGGUUAUUAUAAACUUGAAUCCUCUGUUUCAUAAUCUUGUAACUUUGCCUUAGAAAAUCUCUUUAUCUUUAACUCUUGUAAGCCUUCAAGGUGGUUUAAGUAAAUACAACAAAUGGUA